CAGUAUCCUAAAACCAGCACGAUGCCUGGACUCAUUAACAAGGAGAACCAGAGCGCCCUGCCCCUCAGCGUCUCUGACAUCACUUCCUGUGUCAGGGGCUACACUCUGGCUCUGACAGCCUCCAUGACCUACGAAAACAUUGAGGAUCAUGCAAUCGAGGGGAUCUUUAUUUAUCCCCUGGAGGAAAACUCCAUCGUCGUCGGGUUCGAGGCGAUGAUAUCCAGUCAGAUCAUCACACUGCAAAUCAAGGACAAGGCAAAGAUUGAGGACUGUUACCAGGACAGCUGCCACACGUCUAAUGGAGGCCUCCAGAGUGGCAGUGGACACAUAGUGUUGGAUGAGGAUUUGGAGAGGACGGUGUUGGUGGUUAACCUUGGAAUCAUCCCUCCUAUGGAGACAGUCCAUAUUCUGGUCAGUACCUCCUCGGAGCUCUCCACCCUGCCCAGCGGGGGCAUCCGGGUGUCCUCCCCACCGGUGUGCACACCUCGGGUACAGAGGACGAUCAACGAGGAGCAGGGUCUGUCCCCGAACUUCUCAAGACCGCGGGACAGACAUCCCUGUGCCACAAGUCCUCACGAUCAAACCCCCAACUCUCCCCAGCUGUGGUUGACCUCCCUGCUGGAGGAGGAGGCCAUCAACUCCAUGGACUACAAGUUCAACUUCCAGCUGGAGAUACGUGCUCCUUACCUCCUUGCAGGUGUCGAGAGCCCGUCUCACGCCAUCCGAGCUGACGCUGACCCUCUGGCCCGCUCCGCCACCAGUGUGGUCGUCACUCUGGCGGACAAAUACACGUACGACUGCCCCGUCAACAUCCUCAUUUACCCCAGCGAGCCUCAUCUGCCUCAUGUGCUCGUUGAGAACGGAGACAUGACACAGGAGGAGUACGACGAGUAUCUGCACGGCCGCGGUGAUUUCAUCAAGGCCACUAAGAAGGACUCCAGCAACGAGAGGAAAGUGGACGUCAUUCACAGGCGUCUCCACAAGGACAUCCUCCACAACCCUGUGGUCAUGCUGAACUUCUGUCCUGACCUCAAGUCCAUCAGCUCCGACCUGAGGAAGGUGCACGGCGAGUUCGUCUUCCUCAUCGACCGCAGCGGCAGCAUGAGCGGGGUCAACAUCAACCGCGUGAAGGACGCCAUGGUGGUGAUUCUGAAGAGCCUGGUGCCCGGCUGCCUCUUCAACAUCAUCGGCUUCGGCUCCACGUUCAAGUCGCUGUUCACAACCAGCCAGAACUACGAGGAGGAGGCCGUGUCCCUGGCGUGCGAGUAUGUCAGGAAGAUCAGAGCCGACAUGGGGGGCACCAACGUGUUGGCGCCACUCACCUGGAUCCUGCGACAGCCGACGUUCAGCGGACACCCCCGCCUGCUGUUCCUGCUCACCGACGGGGCCGUCAGCAACACGGGCAAAGUGAUCGAGCUGGUCCGCAGACACGCUCGCUACAGCAGAUGCUUCACAUUCGGCAUUGGGCAAAACGCCUGCAGGAGGCUGGUGCAGGGGCUGGCGACCGUCUCAAGAGGGACGGCAGAAUUCCUGGCAGAGGGCGAGAGGCUGCAACCCAAGAUGAUAAAGUCCCUGAAGAAAACCAUGUCUCCGGUGCUCAGCGACAUCUCCAUCGAGUGGCUCUUCCCCGAGACAAAAGAGGUGCUGCUGUCUCCUGUGGGCAACACCUUCCUGUUUCCUGGGGACAGGCUGAUUGGGUACAGCGUGGUUUGUGACACCACCCGUUACCACGUCAAUCCCAAAUCUGACAAGAGGAGGCGCUAUAGCAUGAUGCGCUCCACCGAGUCAGCCAGCUCUGUGUUCUACCACUCUCAAGAGGAGGACCCAGGGAGGAGCGUGGACAGGGAGGCGCUCUCCGGGCCUCUGUAUGACUCCUACCAGGACUCCAUGACCGACGGCAGCCCUGUCUCCACGGAACAAGACACCACGGGGUUGGAUCAGACGUCCCCGAGGAGAAGGGCGUACAGCACCAACCAGAUAAUCGACUACAACCCAGCGAAGAAGGUCUUCACCCCCAGCGACCCCAGCUCUGUGGUGGCCAAGAAUCCCCUGAGGAGAGCGAAGGUCCAGGAGCUGAUCGGCCAGAUGAGUCCGGAGCACGAGGCCCAGUGGAAGAAGGACUACCAGCCACAGUUGGCGAGCCUGUGCGCCUCGUCUUCCAGAGGGCGUCCUGCCAUCUGCCAGCGACCGCUCCCUCAGCAGGAGCCGGCGCCGCUCCCUCAGCAGGAAGCCGACUCUGAGCCUCAUUUCCCUCUGCAGCCACAAGACGACCCUCUGCCCGGUAGCAUCAGCAGCGGCGGCUUGGUGCCAGCAGCUCAGAACACAGCUGGGGAGGAAGCGUCCAGAUCCUCCACUGACAGCCCGUCUGUCAGCAGCAGCGGAGGAGACACAGACGGUUAUGGACACCAGUUGUGUCAAGCUGAAACCCCACAGGAGACCCACGUGUCGGUACUGGGCUCUGCCAACCACCACAGGGCCGACUGCAAGGCCGUGGUGUCCGGGCUGCUGAGCGGGAAGCCCGUGAAGUGGGAGGUGCUGUUCGAUAUCGAGCCGUACCUGAACGGGCGGGAGCGCGAGGAGAAGGUUCACGAGGAGCUGUGGAACGAGACCUUCCACCACCUGGCCGGUCACUCCAUCAUACACGACUUCGAGCACAUGGCGGACAAGGAGUGUGAGAUCGAGCACGGCUCUGGCAGGAAGUACCAGCAUUAUGCGAUUCACACCAGCAAAUCCUGCAAUAUACUGAGCAAAUACACAGCGUUCGUUCCCAUCGACCUGGACACGAACGAGUAUCUACAGACGUGCAUUGAACACUUAAACCCCUGCGAAGGUCUGAAGAAGGGCUCACACUCCGGCUCUCGCUCGGGGAGCAGGAAGAACCGAGGCUACUCCAUCGGACUGGGUCGCUCGCAGUCCGGCGGCAUGUCGCAGGAAGCUGAGGACGUCCAACUGCUGCCCAACAGUGGAGAGGAUGGCGUCUCUCCGUGCAGCACCCCCUCCUCCUCUGGCUGGGAGAGAUGCAGCUUCACAGAGGCCGCCCAGAGGAGUCCGUCUGUGACCUCGGACCAAUCACAGAAAUCGGUGGAGAGCCUUUUUUCUGCCAGGUUGGCCCUCAGCAGGACUCGUCUCCUGACCCGAGCUGCCAAAGGCUUCAUGUGUCGAUCUCACAGCAGGUCCGGUGAUUCAAUCGGAGACAGUGACAACGAGAACAAAGACUACAUUCCUGUGGUGUUGUUGCAGUUGGCAUGUGGAGCUUUUCCUCUGGACACAGCUCUGUGUGACGCCAUUAAUGUUCCCAUGGACAAGCUCAAGUGGACGUCCCCUUUCACCAGCCUGCGCACCAGCCUGGGCCACUUGUCUCACUCCAGCAGCCGCCGCACCGAGAGCGCAGAUCACGGGCACAAAUCCCAGUGUGAGCCAGAAACAUAUCAACCACCAGCAGAGCAAACUGUCGGCAUCUCCAGCCCCUCUCAUCUGCCCCGGAGCGCCUGGACGGAGUCUUCUCCUGCCUCACUGGGAAGUCCCUCCUGUGCUGCCGAGCCCCCGGUCUCCCCACACUCCACUGGGGACAGUGGUCGGAGCUCUGGGUCCGGGGGCCUUGAAGGAGCGUCACCCGGCGGCGUGCUAAAGAGGAUGCUGAACCCUGAGAGCAUGCUGUGGGCCACAGCUGUGGCCCUCGCCUGGCUGGAGCACAGCUCGGCCAGUUAUUUCAUAGAGUGGGAACUGGUGGCGGCCAAGGCCAGCAUGUGGAUGAGUGCGCAGGACAUCCCGGAAGGUCGAGAUUUAGCCUCCAUCAAGGCUGCUGCCAACCAGCUCUUCAUCAUCCUCAGACACUGGGAUGAGAACCUGCAACUGAACAUGCUCUGUUACAACCCUAACAGCGUCUGAGCCCUGCGGAUACAGACCCACUCAAUCCCAUACGAUACUAUGCUAACUGAGGCUGUUCUGUUUCUCAUUCUGCAGUAUGUUUCUGGACUCUGAUUUUGCCGUCGCAGUAGUGAACAAUGUGUUUCUUCUUCUGUUCGUGUGCUGUUCCUCCAAAACAUAUCACAGGCUCUCAGAGGCGCGAUGUGCAAGCUAUUACCUCGCUGGUGCCAUAUACUGUAGCUGGAUCCCCGUCAGCAAGGGGUCUGAUCAGAUCUCUGCCUCUGGUUUGAGUUUCAAGGAGAUGAAUGUCAGUAUUUUAUUAGUAGCAUGCUGGACCGCUGACCAUCAACAUUUGAGAAAAGCUCUUAAAUGUCCUCAUAUUGAUGUUAAUGGGGAAAAUGCUGCAAAAAACAAUGGAAAACUGUUCCACCGACUGAUGCAUUUACAGUUUUUACAUCUACUGAUUGUAUUGUGAAACACAUCUGGGUAGUUGCUAGCAGUCCAGUCUUUUCUAAUGUCACCAUUACAGUGUUCUUAAUAUUUGCCAUUGUGCUGUUCGAUAAAAGCAGAGACAGAAAAAUAUGCAAACAAAGCUAAAGAAAAUAUAAAAUAUGUGUUAAGAUUACGUUUCAAAAAUAUGUGGCUUGGGUGGGAAUCUGAAUGUGUAUCCCACUGGCAUGUUAUUCAUUCUUUAUGAUACACACAGUUUAUAUUUUUUCUUUUGUUCUUAUAUGUAGAGAUUAACACACAAACCUGGAUUCGGUUGCACCAGCUGUUGGCAACCUCAUAAUGAGCUUAGUUAUAAUCUAAAUUAAGCUAAUUUAAUAUGAUCAUGCCUUACUUGUUUAAAAGGGGGUUACAUCACACAAGCUAGUUCUCAUAUAAGGUUAGCCUGGGAAUUUUAUGGAAUUUUGUUUUUGGAACAUUGGCUGCACCUCUCCCCUUUACCCAACUUUUAUUUUGAAAACCCCUGAGUAAGUCAAACAGCUCAUUAGUGACUUGCACCCAAUUUAAGUCUUUACCAGCAAAGAAAAUCCUCAAUUACCCUCAACUAAUUUAUUAAAUCAUUAGUUAGCUAAUUAGAACUAUGAAGAAGUCUACAGGCAAAUUGAGUAAUAGAUUCACAAACAGCUAGCGCACCCUGAUUCCAAAGUGGGCGGCGACCAGCCCUGUUCUGUGAAUCAGAGGAAAGACUCAGUCAGUCAUUGUCACUCACCAAGUGCCUCACCAAGGUUUAAAGUCGGAAGAAAAUGCAGAUCUGUCCACUGCAGUUCUAUCAGUGUUGAUAAUGACUAUAUAUAUAAUAUAUAAUAUACAGCGGGGACCCUCUUCUUGAUUCUUAUCGGUGACCUGUAUCAUCCUCUUCUAAUAUCCAUUUAUUUUUAUCACUCCAUCACAGUGUUGCUUUACUCAGGUAUUCUGUCAUUUUCUUUGUAACUCAGGCCGAAUUGCAUAGUGCUUCUGCAUGCACAUGUGUUUGUGUUACGGUGUUUAAUGAAUGAAAAGAGCCUGAAGUGCAGUAUUUUUACUCACUGAAAUGAAAAUAAAAAUAUAGUAGAUGUCAUAUUCUAAUAUUUUUGUGCCGUAAAUCGCUGUAGUAAGUGCAGCUAUAGUUGUAUUAUGAAGUAUUUUUUUAUGUAGCGGGUCAGUUGUAUGGUGCAGUAACUUUCGAUUUGCUGUGUGUGCCUUUCUAAAUGAUUGUUGACUGUUUGGAAGCUUCUGUGGUGUCUUUAUAUCUGUCGACGCAGUGGCCAGCU